AUGUUGGGAAGUGCAACUAAGAGUUUUGCGGAUAUAGUUAUGUCUGGUGAAAUGAUUGAGAAUGCAAUAAGGUGCGGCAAGAGAGAGGCAGGGGAAAGCACCCGGAGGUUAGCCCCAAAAAAGAAAGAAAAUGAAGUCAGCAAUGUGAAUAUGGGUUAUGCGAAACCAAUCAUGGUAAAUCAACUGAAAGUGGUAGCCACGGGCCAGCAAGCUUCGCUAAGACAGGAGCCCAAUACAAAGCAGAACACGGAGAAGCCCCAGUUUACUCCCAUUCCAGUAACGUAUCGGGAGCUAUAUAAAAGAAAUCCAUUACCCAGUCAUACUGAUAAAGGGGUAAACGCAAUAGUCAAUAAUAUGGGGAGGAGAAUUAAGUUGGUUGUGGCAGAAGUGAGAACCCCGAUGAGGGAGGUUUUGAAGAAGAUAGUGGAGAAAGGUCUAGUCAUGCAAGACUUUGGGAGCAAAUCCCGAGAAGCAGGGAACUAUUGUGAGUUCCAUGGAGAGGAGGACCAUGAGAUAGAAGAAUGUAAUAAAUUUAGGGCCUUGGUACAGGCUUUAGUGGACAACAAAGAACUGAAGUUCUUUGAGUUUACUGAGAAAGAAUAUGUAUGUUCCUCGGAGGAGGGGUUGAUAGAGAAGGUUACUGAGGUCAAUCACCCAGUGGUGAUCAUUUCGCGACCGAAAAUUAAUGAAGUUGGAGCAAAAAUUACACUGAGAGUUGUAAUACAGAGACCCGCGGCUUUUCUAUAUAAGGAUAACAAAAGGGUGCCUUGGAAUUACAACUGUAAUGUGACAUAUCCAGGGGAGGAGAGUCUGGUCAGCAUGCCAAGUACAAAGGCCGAGCUUGGAAAAGGGAAGUCCGUGAUGAUUGAACAAGGGAAAGAGAGGACAAAACCACUGGUUAAUGAACCAGUAACUGAAGAUGAAGCUAAAGAAUUUUUGAAGUUCCUAAAACAUAGUGAGUAUAGUGUUGUGGAACAGUUGCACAAGCAGCCGGCAUACACAUCAGUACUAGCUCUGCUUCAAAACUCGGAGGUUCACCAAAAUGCAUUGAUGAAGGUGUUGAACGAGACCUAUGUCACUGAAGAUAUUUCAGUGAACAAGCUAGACUGCCUUAUCAGUAACAUAAGCGCCGAUAACUUCAUCUCCUUCAGUGACAAUGAAAUACCACCAGGGGGUAUGGGAUCCACCAAGGCUUUACACAUCACCACUCGUUGCAAAGGGUAUACACUACCGGGGGUAUUAAUUGAUAAUGGGUUAGCACUGAAUGUUUUGCCCUUGUCCACAUUAAAUAGGUUACCAAUUGACAGCUCUCAUAUGAAGACAUGCCAGAACAUAGUGAGGGCAUUUGAUGGCACUGAGAGGAAAGUGAUGGGAAGGAUUGAGAGGCCUUGGAGUCGCUCGGCAGGGGCAGUACCGUCAUCGUUACACCAAAAGUUAAAGCUGGUGAAGGAGGGCCAUUUGAUAACAAUAAAUGCUGAGGAGGACAUUAUUGCAUCCGUUACUAGUAGUGCACCGUAUAUAGAAAAUGAUGAAAAAGAAAUUGAGUGUUCCUUUCAGUCAUUGGAAUUUGUAAAUGCAACUUUCAUUAUUGAAUGGGGCAGGGUCCCAAUGCCAAGAAUAUCUAAGGCUACGAGGAUAAGCUUGCAAUUAACAGUGGGAAAGAGAGGUGGAGUUAUUUAUCCUGAAUUGAAGAUGAAAAGAGAGGGAACAGUUGAAGACGCAAUGGAAAAUUUGAAUAUCAAUGUCAUAUCUGAAGAGAAAGUGAUAAAACAUGACUUAGCAAGCAUUCGUCCUUAUGAGCAUGGAAGUAUUCUGAACAACUGGACUGCGGAGGAAAUUCCAGUAGUUUUUAGUGCUAAUACAGAGUAA